GGUUCUUGGUGGAGCCGCCGCAAGGGAAGCCAAGAAGGCACCGCAAUUCCUUCGUCGCCAUAAAUAUAGAAGCGAAGGGAAAAUAAAUAAAAUAAAGAGAGAAAACCUCGACCCAAAACUUCGCUGCUAUGCACGCAAUUGAUCUCUUUCUUCUCUGGUUAUUCGCCGCUCUCGAUUUCCCAUCCGAUAACUCUUUUUUUCUGGCUUCAAGUUGUCUCUUUUCUCUUCCCCAUUUCUGACCAUUAUCGGGUUCUUUGUGUUUCGCUCUUCCUCCGCUCAUACCGAAUUUGAAUCUGCUGCCCCUUUCGAUAGUUACGCGAGGAGAUUGCCUUUUUGGGUUCGUUUGAAAGACGGGAUUUUGCUGAGGGCCUUUCUUGUUUCGGUGUGAUUUUAUUUUGUAAUUCUGCUUAGCAGAUGAUCCUAUAGUGGUAUGGGCUGGUUGCUCUCCUUUAGCUUGACAUAUCACGAAUGAUGUUUAGUGCUCAAAAGAGUUUUCUCGAUCCUAUCAGAUUGAAAUGGCAAUCGAAAAAUGAAUCUUCAGUGAACGUUCAUUUGCUGAGUGAUGAGCCACCUGAGAUAGAGCUAUCUGAUUACGGAAUAAUGCCAUGUUCUGAUAUCGAAAACCCGUCGGAACUACUGAACGGUGAAGGGCUGAAAGAGGAGCCAAUUGCCGAUUUAGAUCUUUUUUUUGAAAGUCUGUACAAUUAUUAUUGCGAAAAAGGGCUGCUAUGCAUUGUGAUUAAGUGGAUAGUAGAACUGCUAACGGUGGUGUUUGUAUUGGGAUUCAUUUGGUUUUUCUUAUUGGUUGUUGAUUGGCGUGCGCUGCGCAACACAAAAUGUGGUAUAGAAGCCGUUGAAUCGGGGCAGAAGCCUUGCGAUCUUGCAAAGGAAGUCAUCAAUCAACAUCCAUUAGUUCCUUUCACAUUUACGAAAGGAAUCAUUGUUGGUUGCAUGAUUAUUUUGACUAUUUAUGGCCUCUUCAACUUUUUGAAGUUUUUUGUGCAAUUCAAAAAUACGUUAAAGAUUCGUCAUUUCUAUUAUUACAGCCUUAAUGUCACAGAUCGUGAAAUGAGGACUUCCCCUUGGCCAACAAUUCUCGAAAAGGUGGUUCGAGUGCAGAAGGAGCGCCAACUUUGUGUGGUAAAGGAACUUUCUGCUCAUGAUAUUGUAAUGCGUAUCAUGCGUAAAGAGAACUAUUUGAUUGGAAUGCUCAACAAAGGUGUUUUGGCGCUGCCGAUCUCAUGGUGGGUUCCUGGAGCUGGGCCUUCAGUUAUCUCUAAGGCAACUGGCAAUAAAUACCAUUUAAUAUUACCUAAAACACUCGAAUGGACUCUGAAUUGGUGCAUAUUUCAGAGCAUGUUUGACAGCAAGUUUUGUAUUCGAAGGGAUUUCAUCACAAAUCCUUCGUUACUAAGAAAGCGACUAAUGGUGGUUGGGAUUGUGAUGUUUGUGAUAUCUCCAUGUCUUGUAAUUUUUAUGUUGGUAUAUCUUUUCCUAUGGCAUGCUGAACAAUUUUAUAACCAUCCGAGGACAGCUUCUUCACGAAGAUGGUCUAACUUGUCAAAAUGGAUUUUCAGAGAGUUCAAUGAGGUUGGUCAUUUCUUCAGACAUCGGCUGAACAAUAGUGUAGUUCAUGCCUCGAGCUAUCUGAACCAGUUCCCUUCUCCUGUUAUCUCCACAAUUGCCAAGUUCAUCUCUUUUGUGUCGGGUGGUUUCGCGGCCAUUUUGAUUAUAAUUGCUCUUCUCGACGAAUCUCUUCUGGAGGGCCAGAUAUUUCGGCGCAACUUGUUUUGGUAUGCUGCUAUCUUUGGAACAGUGACUGCUAUCGCCAGAGCUGUGGUUACUGAUGAGCUUCAUGUUCUUGAUCCUGAAGGAGCAAUGGCUUUUGUUUUCCAACAGACGCAUUAUAUGCCGAAGAGAUGGAGGAGAAAAGAAAAUAGUGAUACAGUUCGGGCAGAGGUCGAAACUCUUUUUCAGUACACUGCAAUAAUGCUGUUGGAGGAAAUGGCUUCAAUCCUUAUUACACCAUUUCUGCUUGUAUUUGUGGUUCCCGAGCGUGUGGAUGAUAUUUUACAAUUUAUUUCAGAUUUCACUGUUGAUGUUGAAGGUGUUGGUCAUGUCUGCAGCUUAAGCUUGUUCGACUUUGUGAGACAUGGAAACAGAAAGUAUGCUUCUCCAUUCAAUGCUGCAAAAGACAUGAGGAGUUCCCAAGGGAAAAUGGAGAAAUCAUUCCUAAGUUUUCAGAGCGCCUAUCCUUCCUGGGAACCUAAUCCAAACGGCCAAGAGCUCCUCAGAAAGCUUCGAAAUUUCAGGGAACAGCAACUGAGAGAAGAAAUAAAACGGGAGUUUUCUCCAAUCUGGACGAGUCCUACAAAUCAAUAUGUACAGUUUCAACCCGAAUUAAUCCAUAGGUUUCCCUUUUCCAAACCAUACAACAAUGGCGGCUUUCCUGUCUCCAGUCAUAACCUCAUCCCCGAUCUGAGGACUCUCGACAACUACUACUUAGCUCAGCCCGUGCAUCCCGUGGAUGCCGACACGGCCUCCGAGACGAUCCGAGAACCAUGGCGAACUUACAACCAACCUCCUUACCGAGAAGACGUCGAAGAACAUAAUAGGAUGCGAUCUCAUUGGGAUGCCUCGACGUCGAGCCGUUUCUUCCAUGGAAACUCGUUCCAUCGGCAUGUCACAGAGCCACACCGUGGCACGGAUAAUUGGUGGGAUCGACCGGCCGUUCAAUCAUCGUCGGGGAAUCAGGCGAGUUUCCUCGAGCCUCCUGUUUUCUACAACCGUAGUUUCGGGCAAUACAAUGAUGAUUUGUCAGAGCAAAGUGUUGAGGAGGAAGUUGAAGAUGGUGUUGGCGUUGGCGUUGGCGGUGGCAGAAGUAAUCUUCGGCCGCCAUUGUGGGAGACGACAUAUAUGGAUGAGGAUGAUGAUGAAGGAUUCGGUCUGCAUUUCACCGAUGAACUUAAAAAUGGGAGGUCGCAGAGCUCGAUUGGGAAUGGUCAUGAAAGAUAUUUGGGUAAUCUUCCUGUAAGAAUAAUACCAAGGAGCAAUGAUCCUGUGGAAUAAUGAAUGAAAUCCGUGUUAGUGUGGAAGGAUUUUAAUUUUUGAAGGGAAUUGCAUUGUUCCUAAAUGCUAUUUGAUUACUGUUAGGAUGAAAGGUGGUUGUAUUCAUUUGUACAUAGACUUGUAUACUUAUCAAAAAAAUAAUUAAAAAAAAAAUCAAUUAGAA